AUGACUGAAUCUCGAUAUGGAUCUUUUCAUCAAUGUUAUUAUUUGGAUGAUAAACUUAUUGCUGUUGCAGUUUUAGAUAUUUUACCAUCAUGUAUUUCAUCGGUUUAUUUUUUUUAUGAUAAUGAUUAUUCAGCUAUGCAACUUGGUAAAUACAGCGCUUUAAGAGAAAUUGCUAUGACAUUGGAACUUUAUAAUGAAGGAUUAAAAGAUUUACAAUGGUAUUAUAUGGGAUAUUAUAUUUAUUCUUGUCAAAAAAUGAAAUACAAAGAACAAUAUAAACCAUCAUAUUUAUUGGAUCCUGUAAUUAUUGGCAUGCUAGAUCCUAGAAAAGUCACUGAUAAUGAUAUAAGCAUGCUAGAUCCUAGAAAAGUCACUGAUAAUGAUAUAAGUGAUUUAAAACUAUUUAUAAAUGGUGAAAUAAUUCCUUUUAGAUCAUCAUUUAUAAAAAGUACAAUUAUUAAAAACAAAUUAAAAAAUUUCUAUGCUGCUGUUGGACGUGAACUUGCUAUAAGAAUGGUUAAUGUUGAAUAA